GUGGUAUCAUCCUUCCUCGUCUCUUCUCAACGCCUGCCUUCCACCAUUCCUUUUCAGGUCGAGGUUAGUCAAAAUCGAGAAGCUAGAAGCUACAGUCUGGCUGAUAAUUCUUGAAGGUUCGAUUACAGUGAAUUGGGCUUGAAGUGUGCAUGGUGUCUUCGGCACAUAUUGUAGUGGAAAGUCGUCCCACAUCUCCAUUCUGAGAGAUCAAGGACACCGCCUCGUGAUGGCCCUGGUCAAUGCCCCAGCAGCCCUCGUAGUGGUUGCGAUCUCACUCCUAAUAUACACCAUCUUUGGUCAGCCAAAGUUGAGGAGGAACGGCGUCCCAUUACGACGACCUCCAAAUACACUGCCGCUCGCCGGGAAUGGCAUCAUCUUCCUCAGAGACCGCCAGAAGCUAUUCGACUGGUUCACCAAGUGUGAACAACUUUACGGCUAUGAAACCCUGCAAAUCUCUGUUCCCAGUCUACCUCCAGGGGUCAUCAUCAGCGAUCCCAAGAACCUAGAAUACGUCUUUAAGAACGAGGGCAUAUUUGCUAAGGGAGAGUUCUUCAAGGGGAGAUCGAGGGACUUAUUUGGUAACGGCAUCAUCAAUGUUGAUGGCGAGUUAUGGAAGGUCCAGAGAAAGGCCGGCCUCAAUUUCCUCAAUACCUCGAACCUGAGAGUUCUCACAGACGUGGCAUUGCCACAGUAUCUAUCUCAGAGUGUCGCCUACCUUGGAAGCCAGUCCGGUAAUGAUGUGGUGGACUUGCAGGCAGUCUUUCACGAAAUCACGACCCAACUCAUGGGCAAGAUGGCUUACAACAUGGAAAUGCACGCAGAAGACACAUUCGGCCUGGCCUUCGACUACGCAUCCGGUGCGACUGCAGAGCGGUUCCAGAAUCCAAUGUGGUUCCUCACAGAGAUCUUCGCCGGAGCACGUCUGAGAAAAUCCAUCUCUGUCGUGAAAUCCUUUGGACAGAGCAUAGUCUCCAGUGCGAUGACGGACAGAAAAGCGUCUCUCAAACCCGCACCAGUUGUCUCACAAGAUCUGGGGAGCGACAGACUCGAUGGCAUAUCCGGCAGUCUAGUUCAGUCAUUACUAGACUCCAUUGGCGACGAGCAGCUGGUUGCCGAUGCCGGGCUGAAUUACCUCUCGGCAGGCAAAGAUACCACGGCGCAGGCUCUGACGUGGACAUUCUACCUGCUUAUGCAGCACCCCGAGGUCGUAGCCAAGAUCCGCGAGGAAGUCGACGGCAUCAAAAAGCAGAGUGAGGAGGACACCCUUGAGAAAGCCAUUGCGGAACAGGGUAACCCGAAUACGAUGCCGUACGUCUUCUCAGUCUUUUACGAAGCGCUGCGCAUCUUCCCACCGAUCCCUUUCGAAAUCAAACAGGCUGUUCAGGCGACAACGCUACCGGACGGCACCUUUCUACCCCAGAACUCCGUCGUUGUCUGGUGCACCUGGGCGAUGAACCGCUCGCGCACCACAUGGGGCUCUGAUGCGGACCAGUUCCGGCCUGAGCGAUGGCUGGUCGGCGGUAAAGUUAUCAACAAGAGCACCUCCGAAUUCCCAGUCUUCAACGGCGGGCCAAGAACAUGCUUGGGGAAGAAGAUGGCUGAGAUCAUUGCCGUGCAAGUAAUUGCGACCGUGGCUGGUCUCUUUGACUGCGUGAGAGUCGAUGACUCGACGAGAGUCAGCAAAAGUAGUCUUACCUUGCCGAUGAAGGACGGCCUGCCCUGUUUUGUACAUCGUAGACCUGACGUCGAAUUUUAAGCUACCAAUCUUCCGCUUUUGAGGGUUCUCAUUCCCUUUGGUGGUCACUUUUGAAACUGUUGAAGGCAAGUAAGUCAGAGGAUGUGAUAGGGGAUACGACGUUGAUUCUGGAGGAUCAUCGAUAACAGGUAGGGACCACUAUGGCAUUUCUGCACCCCCG